AUGCGGUUGCAAUAUUACGGCGAGACCACGUUCGCGUUCAACGGCAAGGCUUACACGUUCGACCGAGUGUUUCGCGAACACGUGGAUCAACGCACCAUGUACGAGACGAGUAUCCGUCCGUUGGUCCAGCGAUUCGUGGAGAACGCUCACGACGCGACCAUUAUUACGUACGGCCAAACGUCGAGCGGUAAGACUUGGACGAUCGACGGCGAUCUUUACGAGUCGGCCGCAUCGUCGUCCGCCGAAAACGCAGGACUUUUGCCUCGAGCGAUUCAACAGAUAUUCAAAGAACGAGAAGCGGUCGUCGAUGCGAUCGAGUUUAGCUUUUAUGAGAUUUACUGCGAAAGAAUUAUAGAUUUGUUGUGGACCGAUCGGACAAGCGAACCACCAGAGAUUCGUCUGUUCGACGAUCGAAACAACGACAAGGUUUUCAUGAAAAAUCUCUGUUGGUUGCGGGUGGACGAUGCCUCUUCGUUGUUCGAGCUGUUGAGACAAGCAAGAGAUCGUCGUCAUUACGCCAGCACCGAGAUGAACGCCAAUAGUUCUCGAUCGCACACGGUGUUUGACUUGCGAGUGCACUGCGGUCGCAAUAACUACAAAAACUUUCGCGUGGUCGAUUUGGCCGGCAGCGAGCGUUCAUCGCGAACCAAAGCCAGUGGCGUGGUGUUCGAGGAGGGCAAAAAGAUUAAUCAAUCGUUGAUGGACCUGCGUUCAGUUAUCUCACAAAUGUCACGCAACAAACCUGCGGCGAGAAUCGCUCAUCGUGCCUCGAAAUUGACGCGUAUUCUGUACGGUUCGUUUCGCGGCAAAUCAAGGGUCCUGGUGUUGGUGUGUUGUAGUCCGGCGAUGGACUCGCGCCACGAGACCACUGGCUCGCUACAGUUUGCAUGUCACGUGAAACGAAUCGCUUUGAGGUUGGACGAUCUGGAGUCUGCCAAGACGACGGCCAAGCGCUCGGAACAACAAUUCUCUGCUACCUACUACGAGGAACGCAUCAAUCGCAUGGUGGCCGAGGCCAGAGAACGAGAGGAAAAGAUCAACGAGUACGAACAACAAGCGUUCUCGUUGCGCACCAUUAUCGAUAAUUUGUCCAAACGUUCGGUUCCGAUGGGCCGAGAGAUCGGCACAAACACUACCAUUGCCAUGGAACAGCAAUCGUCGACCCAAGUGUUGGCCUGCGACGAAGACGGUAGCAGCGAGCGAUUGUUGAUCCUGCUGGAACAAGAACGUGAGAAAAAUCGAACCUAUCGGCGGACCAUCGAACAGCAACACCAACAAUUAAUAGCCAAGAUUCACGACAACGACUCGUUGGACGAGGAGUUGCGCGUGCUCAGACUUUUGAAAGGCAUGCUGUUGGAUAGAUUGUAA